GGGCGGGGCGGCGGGCUCGGUGCUCUGCCCGUCGUGCCUGGCCAGCGAGGCGCUCCUUCACCCAGCCGUCGCAGUCGCUUUCCUGAGCCGGAGCGGAGCUGGCGGAGAGAUGGCCUCCCAGCCGCCGCCGCCCCCCAAACCCUGGGAGACUCGCCGAAUUCCCGGGGCCGGCCCCGGGCCGGGCCCCGGCCCCACUUACCAAUCUGCUGAUUUGGGCCCUACUUUAUUGACAAGACCUGGACAACCAUCACUUACAAGAGUGCCCCCACCUAUUCUUCCCAGGCCAUCCCAGCAGACAGGGAGCAACAAUGUAAACACUUUCAGACCUGCUUACAGUUCAUUUUCUUCUGGAUACGGAGCCUACGGAAAUUCAUUUUAUGGAAGCUAUAGCCCUUAUAGUUACGGAUACAAUGGUUUGGGCUUUAACCGCCUCCGUGUAGAUGAUCUUCCUCCCAGUAGGUUUGUUCAGCAAGCUGAGGAAAGCAGCAGAGGUGCAUUUCAGUCCAUUGAAAGUAUUGUGCAUGCAUUUGCCUCUGUCAGCAUGAUGAUGGAUGCUACUUUUUCAGCCGUCUAUAACAGUUUCAGGGCUGUAUUGGAUGUAGCAAAUCACUUUUCCCGGCUAAAAAUACACUUUACAAAGGUUUUUUCAGCCUUUGCAUUAGUUAGGACUAUAAGAUAUCUUUAUAGACGGUUACAGUGGAUGAUGGGUUUAAGAAGAGGCUCUGAGAAUGAGGACCUGUGGGCAGAAAGCGAAGGAACUGUGGCCUGCCUUAGUGCUGAGGACCAGGCAAAUAACUCAGCAAAAUCUUGGCCAAUAUUCCUGUUCUUUGCUGUUAUCCUUGGCGGUCCUUAUCUCAUCUGGAAACUUCUGUCUACACACAAUGAUGAAGUAACAGACAACACCAACUGGGCAAGUGGUGAGGAUGACCAUGUAGUUGCAAGAGCAGAAUAUGAUUUUGUUGCCGUGUCUGAUGAAGAAAUUUCUUUCCGUGCUGGUGAUAUGCUAAAUUUAGCCCUCAAAGAACAACAACCCAAAGUGCGUGGUUGGCUUCUGGCUAGUCUUGACGGUCAAACAACAGGACUUAUACCUGCAAAUUAUGUCAAAAUUCUUGGUAAAAGAAGAGGCAGAAAAACAAUAGAAUCAAGUACAAUGCUCAAGCAACAACAGUCUUUUACCAACCCAGCAUUAAUUAAAGGUGUCACUACCACCAAUUCUUUGGAUGAACAGGAAGCUGCCUUUGAAUCUGUUUUUGUUGAAACUAAUAAGGUUUCCAGUGCACCUGAUUCUACAGGGAAAAAUGGAGACAAACAAGAUCUUUGAUGUGUUUCAUGUUUGUGGGCAGGUGAACAAUAUUUUAGAGUAUUUUUAAAAAUUAUUUCUUACAGAGAAAUUAAUUUGCAGUUGAAUGAAAGCAUUUGCUCAUGGCUGUGCCGAGUGUUCUGCUGCUAGAAGUUAUGUAGUCACGUGCUAGUUGCUGGUCGAGUGAUCUGGCUACACUUGACAGUCUUGUGGACCAUGAGGACAUUUGUUUCACCUAGCUUUUAAGAUUAUGGAGAUAGUUGUCAGCUCCAUCUUAUCUCAGUCCCCAGGCUUAUUGGAACAGUAAAUUUGAUGAACAGUAGAACACACAAGUUGCCUCAGAAGGGAUCAUUAAUGCUUUUUAAAGUUCUGAAUUAGUUGACUUGAGGUCUUCAAAAAUUGAGUGAUAACAUCUACUUAUAAGAACAGACAAAAGGCUAAAUUUUUUUAACCUUAUAAAUAAACUAAAUAAUAAAAAUUUUCUCAUCUGUAUUA